GAGGCGGUGCACAGCGCCAAGGAAUAUAUUAAAGGAAUCUGUGAACCUGAACUAGAAGAAAGAGAAUGUUAUCCUAAAGCCAUGCACUGCAUUUUUGUUGGGGCACAGAGUCUGUUUCUGAAGAGCUUGAUUCAGGACACGUGUGCUGAUCUCUGCAUUCUGGACAUUGGUCUGCUUGGCAUCAGAGGAAGUGCCGAAGCUGUGGUCAUGGCUAGGAGUCACAUUCAACAGUUUGUAAAGCUCUUUGAGAAUAAUGAGAACCUACCCAACAGUCAGAAAGAAUCCGAGAUAAAAAGGGAAUUUAAACAAUUUGUUGAAGCUCAUGCAGACAAUUAUACGAUGGACUUGUUAAUUUUGCCCACCUCCUUGAAAAAAGAGCUUUUGACACUCACACAAGGUGAGGAGAAUUUAUUUGAAACAGCAGAUGAUGUUAUUGAAAUUGGAGAUGCUCAACGAACAGAGUUUACACAGAACGCUGCCACAGGGCUGAAUAUUUCCAGAGAUGAAAUUGUUUUGCAGGAAGAUGGAAGAAAUAAGGCUGGCACUCCUGUUUCUGAGCUUACAAAACAAAUGGACGCGGUCUUUUCUAGUUCACAAGAUGUACUUUUUGUUCCAAUAAAUGGUCUAGCCCCAGAUGAAGAGGCUCUUUCCAAAGACAGAAUUUGUCACAAAAGGAGAUUUUCUGAUUCUGAAGAAAGGCAUACAAAGAAACAGUUUUCUUUGGAAAAUGUUCAAGAGGGGGAGCUUUUACAAGAUGGUAAGACAUUAGCUGGAAGUGUAAUCAUUGACCUAUCCGAUUCUUCUGCUGAUCCCGAAAAUUUAAGUCCCGAUGUAAAGGAGACCACUGAGGAAAUGGAAUACAAUAUUCUUGUAAACUUUUUUAAAACCAUGGGCUAUUCCCAAGAAAUUGUUGAAAAGGUCAUUCGGGAGUAUGGGCCGUCUACUGAACCAUUAUUGCUCUUAGAAGAAAUUGAAAAAGAAAAUAAAAGAUUCCAAGGAGACAGAGAAUUUUCACCUGGUACUAUGUAUCCAGAGACCAGCAGAACCAAAAAUAAAGGUGUUUGUACCAGCAUAAGUGAACCUACAACUGAUUCCACUCCAAAGAAAACACAAACUCACACGCAGCAAAAUAUGGUUGAAAAGUUUUCUCAGUUACCAUUCAAAGAAUCAAAACCAUGUACCUCAAAUUGCAAAAUUAAUACUUUCAGAACAGUGCCAAUAGAACAGAAACAAAUCUGGAGUUCAAGCCAGAAUUAUAUUUGUAACAUGGACCUUGAAACUGAUGGCCUUUUACCCUCUGUUGUCUCUUCAAGUCCCAAAGAAGUUGUCAGUUUUGUUUCCAGAGGCGCUUCAAGUCACCAGCCCAGAAUUCCAGUCUUUCCUGAAAAUGGUUUGCAGCAGCAAGCAGAGCCCUUGCUUCCAAGUAAUGUGAAGUCCGCCUGUGAAAACCGUUCUGGGUGUUGCAGCUCUCCACAGCCUAAGCCAAAUUGCCCGCCCCUCUCUCCACCGAUGCCACUGCCCCAGCUCUUACCUUCAGUUACCGACGCAAGGGUGGCGGGACCGUCUGAUCAUAUUGAUUCCUCAGUUACGGGCGUUCAAAGGUUUCGAGAUACUCUGAAAGUACCCUACAAGCUCGAGUUAAAAAAUGAGCCGGGGAGAACGGAUUUGAAGCACAUUGUUAUAGAUGGGAGCAAUGUCGCAAUUACCCACGGUCUGAAAAAGUUCUUUUCUUGUCGUGGAAUUGCAAUUGCGGUUGAGUAUUUUUGGAAGCUUGGCAACAGAAACAUCACUGUAUUUGUCCCACAGUGGAGAACAAGGCGUGAUCCUAAUGUCACAGAACAGCACUUCUUAGCCCAGCUCCAGGAGCUUGGAAUAUUAUCUUUAACUCCUGCCCGGAUGGUCUUUGGAGAAAGAAUUGCUUCUCAUGAUGACAGGUUUCUGCUACACUUAGCGGACAAAACUGGUGGCAUAAUUGUAACAAAUGAUAACUUCAGAGAAUUUGUGACUGAGUCAGUCUCUUGGAGAGAAAUUAUUACAAAAAGAUUGCUUCAGUACACCUUCGUCGGGGACAUAUUUAUGGUUCCGGAUGACCCUCUGGGAAGAAGCGGACCUCGGUUAGAAGACUUUCUUAGGAAAGACGUCUUUCUUAGAGAUAUGCAGCCCCUGCUCAAUGCCUUGCCAAAGGUGGGCAUGUUUGACCCCAGUUUCAGAGUCCCUGGGGCCCAGGCAGCCAGCGCCAGCCACCAGCCUCCAGCGCGGAUUCAGGGCACCCCGCCCAGCCACUGGCUCCCUCCGCAGCCCCGCUUCCCAGCUCUGUCGAACCUUCCCAGCCUGCAGCAGAACGUGCCCAUGCCGGCCCAGAGGUCUCCUGCAGAAACCAGCGAGCUGCGGGAAGCCCUUCUGAAGAUCUUCCCUGACUCUGACCAGAGACUGAAGAUUGACCAGAUCCUGGUGGCCCACCCGUACAUGAAAGACCUGAACGCACUGUCGGCCAUGGUGUUGGACUGACGGCCACACUCACGUUAGUGCCCGCACGAGGCAGCGGGAAGCGACAUAAUGUGAAGAGACCGAUUUCCCAGUGGAAACGCUAUUGUAGUGUAUAGAAAAGAAAACAUGUUUUGUGUAUAAAAAAAUCUGGGUUUUCAAAACCAGCUUUUUCUAUAUAUAAAUUAUGCUGCUAUUACAGAUUUAACAUUUUCUGUAAAAGGAAAGUACAUUUUCUGCCUGUUCAGAACUGUUUAAUAGCAGUUACUCUUGAGUGUAUUUACAUUUUUAUGUUUUUUAAACUAUUUUCCUUAAAGCUGAAAAUAUUGACAAAUGGAUGAAUAGCCUUUCUAAAUAAAAAAGGAGCUGCUUUCUUAGGGAAAGCAAGACCUCUUAAAGUAUAUUUUCUUGAGAUGACUAUGUAACGUCCACUAACAUGAAGUGUGCUCAUCCCUCCCGGUCUCCUCUGCCCUCACCCCUGGAACUAGAGUCGUAGGAGGUGGUUUUGCUCCUGUGGGUCUUUUGUUGGAGUCAUUUGUGAGAGUGGGCAGGUGGGGCCACUAGAUGGCACCUGUGCCUAGCCGUUGUUAAUGGCCAGGGCUCAGUUAGACUCCCAGAAUGGCAGGGCGAGAAGAAACUGUAGAACUCAUAUAGUCCCACCCUACUUCCCCUGGCACCCCGAAGGAGAGGGAACUGAGGCUCCAUGUGCGCGUGUCUGCACAUGCCCGGGUCCACCAGGCGGGGACCAGACUCCUCGUGCAGUGCUCUGGCGUGCUCACCAGGCUGCGGCCUUGCUGUACCUGACCUGACUCUAGAGGUCAUGUCUGAGCCUCUGAAAAUAACAGUGGGAUGUGAAGAAAUUUGACAAAGAGCCCCAUUUGUUAUGAUAAUUUUGUGUCCAUAUCAUGGGAGCUAACAACCCAUGUGAUGUUUGUGCAGCUUUGCCAAAAAGUGAUUUUCUAUUCUCAAAAAUGACCCAAGCCAAUAAAUAGCAUUAGUAGCUGCCAUUGGGGCUCAGAGCCCCUUAUUUAUUUUUCCUGUGUUUGUCUUUUUAGUGUUCUUCUAAGCUGCCCUUCCUGUGAUUCUAUCUCAGAAUUGGUAUCUUAGUAUUGUGUUUUCAGUGUUGCUCAAAUUCUGUGUCAGUGAAGUUCUUUUCCUGGAUAAUUAUUCUUAACAUCUUUACUGUUCUCUGGACUUUCAAAGGGCUUUGUAUUUUAUACCUGUUCUCUUCCCAGGCUGCUCACGGUCAGUUUCGUGUCUGCCCUGUGGGUCAUGUCUCUCCUGGGCUCCCCCAGAAACAGCUGCUGAGGACUCGGUGCUGGUUUGUUUUUCAUGAGGAAGGGACUUUUCUGUCUGCGAGCAGAGCUGGUGGCCCUCCAGGAGGCUCCCUCCAGGUGUGUGUGACCUCUGUAUCCCUCAGGGGGUAAAUCCAGAGUCCUCCAGGUGGCUGGACUUCACACUUUAAUCAUAUUUUCUCUCCAUUGCCUUUAAGAUGCUUCCUGAUGAGGAACUGGUUGUCUGCUGCCGUUUUGGGUCAGACUACCAGAGUCACCGCCCGGUUGUGGAUGGAGACUUGAGAUGGGCAGGAAGUGACUCAGUCACAGCCCCUGUGCCUCCUCUUCAGAACUGGUGGCUUGUAAAAGCGUGGCAGAUGUGUGAGGGCUCGGGCUGUCUCGUAGUGACUCUGACCUUGUGUGUUGAGGUUUGGUCUGACAGCCUUGCCAAUCCAGUAUUUCUCCUCUGUUCAGAGGAGGACCCGGAGGUCAGCCUUGAUGGCCGAGGCUUAGCCACACAGGUCUUCCUGAAAGCGGACGGAGCCUCCACUGAUGCUAGGUGGGACUGGCUAGGCCUGGGGUUCCAGAGUUUUCUAGGCUCCAGAAGUGACUUGACCUUUGAGCUUUGUAUUAUGUAAGCCUCUGUAUUCUUAGUGUUGUUUCUGAGGCCUCUACCUGCCCCUUUCCUCUUCUGGGGCGUGGGAAAGAAGGAUGCAGGAGACUAAGUGGGUUAAUUAUGUCUGUUGAUAAAUUAUAACAUGAAACAUAAGGCAUAGUUCUUUCUGAAAACCAUCAGCUUUAGUUAAAUUUAAGUACUUAAAAACUCAAUUUUCAGGCCAUUAAAAAAGUCCUUACUUCAGCCUCAUCUUAAUAUUAAGUUCAGUGUUGAUGCUGCUCAAAUGUUUCUUGAUGGUCUGUCCCCAGCGGUCGAUUUCUGAAGCUCCUUAAAAGUGUCAGCAGCAAUGCGUCCUCAUUCUGUAACUCCUCGGGGUUACAGAGCGUGGUGCCUCUGCACCCUGUAUUUCCCGGUGUCCCGUGGAGUAGGUGGCCAGGCCAGGGAUGUGCUUUAUUCGGCACACUGGUGUGUGGUGCUCAGCCAGCCUGUCCGGGGUCCGAGAAUAAGCAGACGGUGAUGCAGGAUGAUUCCCAGGCCCCAGCUCCCCGCUCUGGGAGAAGAAAGCAUUAUUUCACCUUUCUCUCCAGGAGCCUGUGUCUGAGACCCCAUAGGCUGUCGGCUAGAAAGCUGUGGGAAGGCGUCUCAGCCAUCCCGGAUGGCGGUCAGCUCUGUCUGGCAGGCUCAGCUGCGGCAUGGCAGUGUUCUGGGAACUCAGGCCUGUUGCGGCUCUCGCUCUCUGAGAGGGGCCGUGGGGUCUUGCCUAAGUUUGUUGUGGCACGUGGAGUAUGAGCCACAGAGAAAGCUGCCAUGCUCCCCCAUCACAGGAGAUGCCCCACGCACGGGGCCCCGAGUUUGGGCCUUGGCGCCGUUCUCCCUCAGCUUCCAGCUGUCCACCAGCACUGCCAUGCCCUCCCCUGUCCUUCCUUCCUGUGUCCCUCCCCUCUCCUCACUGUGGUCUGUUCGGUCAGUCACUCUGACUCCUGCCGUUUGUUUCUUCAUUAUCUACCUCCACAUUAUUCCCCAUUAUUACAGAUCGGCUCCUACAAUAAAGUCACCUGAUUUCCCCUAAGAAUCAUCUCUGUGCAAUGCUGCUCUCCCUCACCUUCCCACUCUUCACUUCCUGUUUGCAAACUUGGCCUUUAUCCCACCACCUGAAAUAGUCUAGAAGUCAUCGGGGCCAGUCAUUGCCAAAAUCAGAGGUCUUUUCUGAGGUUCCCCUCCCAGAUGUUUUUCGUUCUUUUCUAUUCUUUUACCUCAAGACCAGUCCUCGAGACCCUUUUCUUUCUUGACAGGUGGCUCUCAAACUUUGGGCCAGCCACGGGACUCAUGAUGGGGAGGGCGGCUCUCACUAGAAAUGCAGAUUACUAGGCACAGCCCCCCGGGCUUUUUAUUCAGUGGCCCUGAGGAAAGCCGGGAAUUGGAGACAUCAGCAAACUCCUUGGUGUCCCCCGCGCAGGCUGUCCAGGGACCAUGUUGUGAGAAACUGUACUUGCCCUUAGUGGUCACUAACUCCAGCUCCCUCCUCCCUGAUGUCCCCUCUGGGCAGUGACUUCCAGUUCCAGCUCUAGGUCCGGCACUACCUGGCAUGAAGCCGAUUCGAGCCUCACUGGAAGCCCUGUGACAUCCUUAGACUCCCUCCCCAGACCCUCAGCCUGCUGUUCCUCGCUGUCCGUUCCCACCCCACCCUGCCACGACGGCCCCUCAUCCUCCCUUGUCUCCGUGUCCUGCCAGUGCCCAACCGGCAUGCUCUCAUGCUUUCCCUAGGGCGGCAGCCCCUGACACUCAGCCCACCCUCCCUCCCAGAUCCCACAGUGCUCCCACAUUUAUCUUCCAGAAAUGCAUUGCUGGGCACACCCUCAUCCUGUUCAGUGAUCUUCAGUGCCUCGGCCAGAGCACCAAGCUCAGCCCUCCUGAGAGUAGUGUGUGUCCUCCUCAUGGCCACGCGUGACGGCUUUAAAUAGCCCUUUUCCAGAUGCACAUGGCGGCCCACAUGUGUCCUCAGUCACCUGUGGGCUCCUGUCUGUGGUGUGCACCUCUUUUCUCUGCUAGAGAUGCCCUUUCUUCCAAAUGGCUUCUCCCUCAAAGACCCAGCCUCCUGCCUUCUCUUUGUGCCCUUGCCUGUGCUUCUGGCCAGAAGCAACCCCGUGGCGCUCUAUUACCCACGGCACUUGUGUCUCGCUUUUGGCACCUGCCGCACUGGCCGGUAUCACUGCAGCUGAUUGUGUACUGUGUCUCCCUCCCUUUCUAGACUGUGAGCUCCUCGCGGGCAGGGACCGUCUGUGUUCACUCUUUGUAUUUCCAUGGCACCUAUCACAGUGCCUUGCACUUAAUAGGUGCUCAAUAAACGUCUGCUCAAUUGAACUGGA